UUUCGUCUAUCAUCAAUUUGAAGACACCACAUCAACCAACAGCUAUCAAAGUUUGUUGUGAUUGCAUCAUAUGAAUUAUGUGGUAGCGUGAUAGCGAAUCAAGUGGUUGCUGGUGUUGGUGUCAUCCGUCAAAUUGCCUAGGGGAGUAAAAACAAUGUCUGAAGAUGGCCUUUCAGAUCCCAACGAUGAGCCCAGUAUGGAAUUGUUCAUCGAAACUCUCACCGGAACCUCCUUCGAGAUGAGAGUCUUUCCUACUGACACUGUUUUGGACAUCAAAAAUAAAAUUCAUCGCGAUGAAGGGAUCCCUGUGCAUCAUCAAAAUCUUCUCUUCCAAAUGAAGGAGCUCCAGGAUUACGCUCGGUUGAGCGACGUCGGCAUAGUCAGCGGAUCAACGCUGAAGAUGGUGCUUUCCAUGCGGGGUGGACCCAUUUCCACGCGCAGAUUGAACACAUGCGAUCACCACAUCAUCUGGAAGGACCUGAAGGAUCUCAUCGAGCACACCAGAACUAGGGAUGAAGUCGGGGAUAAGUCGGGCUCAAAGGUGUCCGUGGUGGUGUUCAAGGAGGGCGAGGUGAUAAACGUAAUCCGCGUGAUCGAAAAUGAGGAUGGCACCUAUUCUCCGUACACCGAGAAAGCCAUCUCUCCUCCGUACAGUAGACACAAGGAAAAAGACGAUGUUCAGCAGACGUUCUUCAAGAAGAUCUCCGAAGAUAUGGAGAUGGCUACCAAGAUCCACGUGCUUAAGUCGAAGAUGAAGAAGCUACGACAGCAGCGCAAUAGUAAGGAUGUUGGUGAUGCCGUUGGUAAAGCUGAAACGUCGAAAAGCGACGCGAGCCAUCACCAUCUUCCAAAAGCUGUCGGUGCCGGCGGUGAUUUCCUUAGCUACGAAACAAACCCCUCGACUAGCAGAAGUGUUGAAAAUUCGCGAUCAUCGAAGCGCCUAACCUUCGACGAGAAGAUCGUUCAUGAAUCUCUUCUAGAUCAUCUCGAGAAUGGAGAGAUAGCUCUGAAGGAGAAGCACCGUAGCCGAAUUCGAUUGAGCCCCAAUGAUAAAAUUAAGAAGGUCGACAAACUCCGUACGGCCGGUGACGCCAAGCCGUAUUUUUGCAAAAAUCUGCACGUAUUUGAACCGGAUAGGAAGGAUAAAACCGACGAUGAGAAGUUGAUCAACUCCUCGAUACUCUCCCCACUUUAUAACCGAAUUCCGCCUGGCGAAAGGCACCGAAGACCUACCCCGUUUGACAAUAACUUCGAUGACGGAAAGCACACAGAGCCUAUUAGCAUUUUAAAGGAUCAGGACCAUGCGAAUCCCAUUGAAGUGCCCUGCUCGGAAACCUUGUCGCUUUCUGCUCGGAACAGGGUGCAUUUAGCGCGACUGGUUUUGCCGGAUGCGGAGCAUGGGAAGAGUAGCCCGGAUAGUAUAGAGCUGGAAGAGAACUCCCAGGAAAUGUGGGAGAUCCAGCCUGAUAAUAUAAAGUCUGGUGGUUCGUACAAGGUGGGUCUUCUGAAAAGGCGAACCAGCGUCGACCACAAUUACGAAUCAGAUUUCGGUUUGGAAACGUCGACGAGCAAUUUGGACCGUGACGACUACAACCGUCAGAACGGCGGAGAGUACGAGGUCUUCGGUAGGAACCUUUACCACGUGCCCCAGUACGUUUCCGCCCCUAGUGCAAUACCGCCCCAGUACGCUCCAAAGGACGAGAGCAUUUGUGAUUUCUAUUUGGGUAGUCCUGUUCCUGAUGCAACGAUCAGGAGAAGUCCUCUAUACGGUCGCAGGUCGAAGAACAGCGGCAGUAACAUUGAUUACAAUAUUUACGCCGAGGAGGCUUCUAGUUUGGAAAGGAGUUUAGAGAGUCUCGGUUUCGAUGAUGGUAAAAAGUUCCCAAAGUUGCGCGCGAAGAGUGAGAAUAAUUUUAGUGAUCUGGCGUCGAACAUAGAACGGUUACAGAACGACUUCAGCGAAUUGGAUUACGAGGACUUUGAUGUGAACUAUGGUGACGACAUGUUCGGUUACUACAACUCGAGUUGUACGGCGGAACUGGACAAAAUAUUAAAUUCUAAUAAUCCUAGAUAUAAGGACAGUUUAUGGAGUGAUAUGGAAAGGAUUCGAGGGAUCGCGACGUGCAGCCACGAGGACGCUCAACUGGCGAACGAAAUUAAGAGGCUGGGCUUCGACUUGAAGAUUGACGACGAUAAACGGAGUACGACCGCCGUGCAGAUUGAGACUUCAAAACUGGAGGCUCUUCCUGCUGUCGUCUCGAAAAAGAGGAUGCGCUGCGGGCAGUGCAAUAAACGCCUGAACAUCACCAACAUCUACAACUGCCGUUGCGGCCGGAUAUUCUGCUCGCAACAUAGGUAUUCGGAAACGCACGACUGUAAAUACGACUACAAGUCCGAAGGGAGGAAACUCUUGGAGCAGCAAAAUCCACUCGUAACAGCAACUAAACUUUCCAAAUUCUAAUCACUCGUUCCCGUUUCCUCUCUACACAUAAAUAUUAUUUUUUUUUUCUCUCUUUUGUUUUUCCUCACUUGCGUUCAGUGCUGUUUUUGUAAAAUUUAAG